ACUAUUGUAGUCUUACCCAACUGUGUAGAACUGCAAAACUACAGAAGUGAAAGGAAAAACAUAGAAAUAAUUGAAAAUAAAAAGAACAAUUUUAAGUGGGUUCCAUAGAAUUCGAGUGGCCUCCAUGCAAAAAGGAGACAGCGACCGAUGAGCUUGUCAACAAUCAAUAUGCUCUCUUCGCAUACACAGAAACGAUUCCGUAAGGGAAUAAAAAAAAAAAAAGAAAGGAAGUAAAGAAAGUGAAAGAAAAAGUAGUUACAAUUCUCAAAAACCCAUCUUCAAGUUCCUCUUUAUCAUCAUCUUGAAUUCAUAAUCUCUCUCAAUGGAUCGUCCCGUCAUCUUUGUUGCCACCAUUCUGGCCCUCCUCUGUGUCUCAGAAGUUGAUUCAGCAACGUUCAGACUCGUCAACAAGUGCCGCCACACAAUCUGGCCGGGAUUUUUGUCUGGCGCCAACACGGCGCCCCUCGCUUCCACAGGCUUUGUUCUCAAGAGUGGCAAAUCCAGGACCAUCUCGGUGCCCAGAUCAUGGUCCGGUCGGAUGUGGGGUCGAACCCUUUGUGCCGAAGACGAUUCCGGGAAGUUUUCUUGCGCCACCGCCGAUUGUGGCUCCGGGAAGGUGGAGUGCGAUGGAGGCAACGCCGAACCGCCGGCGACUUUGGCGGAGUUCACGUUGAACGGCGACCAAGGUUUGGACUUUUACGACGUGAGCUUGGUUGAUGGGUACAAUCUCCCCAUGCUGGUGGUGGCAAGGGGUGGCCACGGCGGUGACUGCAGCGCCACCGGGUGUCUCGUCGACCUGAACGGCGCGUGCCCGAAGGAGCUGAGGGUGGUGGCUUCGGCGACGAACGGCAGCCGCGGCGCGAGUGUCGCGUGUAAAAGCGCGUGUGAGGCUUUCGGAGAUCCGAUGUAUUGCUGCAGUCAGGCUUAUUCUACGCCCGACACAUGUCAACCAUCAGUGUACUCUCAGUUCUUUAAACAUGCUUGCCCACGCUCCUAUAGCUACGCGUAUGAUGAUAAGACGAGCACCUUCACUUGUGCCUCUGCAGAUUACAUUAUCAUCUUUUGUCCAUCCCCUUUCACCAGCCAAAAAGUGUUGGCGUUGCGGAGAGAAGCAGCAGAGCUGCCACUAGUGAACAAAACCAUGAUGUACAUAGGAAGAAAAUAUGCGAGUGGCACUUCAUCCCCAGGUCGGGUUCAAGAGCAAAUCAUAGCUCAUGGUGCCUCCAUUGUGGUGUCGCUAUUGCUCCUCUUGCUAUUUUUGUAACAGUUUCAGAAAUUGCCACGGAAACUCUAGCUGAAAGGUGGGUGUCAUCUUCUGGACGACCCCAUUGUUGUACCAGUCCUCAUUGGGCUGGCAAAGGAUGUUGCAGCUAAAAUGCAAGGAAAUAUGCUGGCCACAUAAUAUUGGUAAUGCCACGAGCCUCUUGUACAUACCUUCCUGUAAUGUUUUAAUGUUUUUUGGCUUCUUUUUCUUUGUUGUAUACACGAGUUUUCAAUGAUUAAUCAGCUAUUUAACCCUCA